AUGGCCCCCAACCAUCGUCCUGACUUUGAGGCCUUCCUCAAAGAGUCUGAGCAACAGCGCAUGAUGGGCACCAAGUACAGGGACUGGUUCAUAUGGCCGUACAUCAACCAAGAGGAUCUCUCCCGUCCACGCUUACUGCCAUUGCUGCUAAACUCGCGUGGACGCCAUCACCCUUGCACAUUUGCCGGCAUCGAUGCCACCAAUACAAAAUUCGCCUUCGUCACCAAGGCCGUGGUCCCCAUCUUCUUGAACGAGUACACCAUGAUCCUCAACGGCGUCGAUGAGAAGCACCCCGACGAGUAUGGCAAGCUAUUGUCCUGGGACGAGCACCCCAGCAACUUCGAGUUGGCCAUGAGUCAAAGGCAGUUCCUGCCCGGUGAAGGGCUGCUCGUAUUGGAAGUCCAGGACCGCCUCCUUUCCUUCUUGGUUAAAUGCUGCACCGAAAUUCUUCAUGAGAUCCCCGAAGACCAGCUUUUGAGCAGUAAAUAUCCCGUCCAGCCCGAGCCACACAUGAAAGAAGAAAGUGAGACCACCGGGUUCGACUCUCUUGCCGUCUUGGCUGCCGAAGCCCCUUACCGAGUGCCUGCCAAACUUGACUUUGGCCGCAUUGAGUCGCUUCUGGGCGCUCAAGCAGCAGCCAGUGAAGAUCACUUGUGGUCCCUACGUGAGGAUUCCAACUAUUUCGUCGACAAAGCCCUCGAGUUGCAGGAACAUCGCCCGGAGACUCUUAAAGACCGCUGGGGCAAAUCCUAUCCAGAGGUUUUCUGGUCACGUAUCUUGUCCAGUCUUGUCAACACGGCGUACAUGGAGGUUGAGGUAUACAAUGAGCUUCAUCGCCAAGCAAAAGAGUUGCAAGCUCUCCAGGAAAAAUAUGCAAAGGCCAUAUCAGUCAAGGACGAUUUGCCCAAGGAGUAUCUGAAGGCAUUGCUCAAAUUCCGUUUCUACCUUUACCAGGCCACCAAGGGUGUUCUUGGCGAACUGAAACAAACAGUCAUGUCAUCGCCGCCCAUGAGAUAUCUCUCAUUCAGAGCCCAGGGGUCACUCAGGGAUCUGAACGAGGUCGCAGUCGCCUUCAACCCUAAUCACAAGAUGAAUCCAGUAGAGAAGCGGUUGGUCUGGCUUCUGAGGACGCUGUGGGAGGACGGUAUGGAUCUGUUCUUAGCCUCGCAGCCCAUUAUUGUGGACGAGUUGGAGCGCCUGCUGGAAACAGAGAAGGAAGCUAGCCGGAUGAUUUCGUCCUAUGUUGCUGGCUUAAUCGGACAGCUUUCCAUCAUCACCCAGUGUAUGAGACAGCUUGACUGCUACCAACCAUGGGCCCGCAGCUUCGAGACUCUGGAUAUCGACCAUGAGGAUAGCAUCAAGGCUGCGUUUGCCGAAACUAGCAAGCCUUGGGCAGCUAUUGUCAGGGCUACCAGUGAGAAGCAGGGCAGGUUUUACUCACUUGUCCGGCUGGGUAAGCCUGCAUGUAAGAGAUUUUUCUACCCUGUCGACAAGCGCCGCACCAAGGAGAAUGUGGAGGCUCUGAGAAGUGCAGAAGGCAACCUCGACGAAUUCUGGAAGGGUGUCGACCGAAUCAUGUACAAGGACGCAAACAACCUUGAGAACACGUUCGUCAGAAGACUCCUUACUCAAUCGCGUAGUCUUCAACGCACACCAGAGUGGGUUGAGCCUUCCGUGCCGACUGCGGACGACAAAGGGGCGAAACCAACUGUCGCGAAUGUGGAUGACCUGAUCAUCCCCUUCUCUUCUUUCUUCUUUGGACUCACAGCCCCCAAACCCGAGCCAACGCCGUCUCCAAAGAUCAAGGUGAAGACCCGUGGAACGACGAACGCCCCAACGGAGCCUACCGCUACGGAGCAACCCCCCACCCCGGACUUGACCGAGGAUAAACAGCCUAUUUUUGCCGUUGAUGCUAGAUCCAUCAAGGUUUUCCGUACGCUGUUUUAUAAUCCCAACAUUACCUCCAGCCCUGGCGAGAUUCCCUGGAACGACUUCCUGCAUGCCAUAACCUCUACCGGGUUCAUGGCUGAGAAGUUGUAUGGAUCAGUGUGGCAGUUUCGUCCGACCAACUUGGAUGUUGAGAGGGCCAUCCAGUUCCAUGAGCCGCAUCCUAAGGGGAAGCUUACCUUCAUGAUGGCAAGACGGAUUGGUAGAAGAUUGAACCGGGCAUACGGAUGGAUGGGGUCGAUGUUUGUUUCGGAGAAGUGA